CUACAUUGAAGUUCAAAAGAAAAUGAAACAUACAAACAAAACAGACAAAAAAAUAUAUUAAGAAAUGUUUCAGGAUCUUCAUUGAGAUCCCCUUUUCAUGGUACUAAACUAGUGGGCAAUAUUUCAAACAGAACAACAUUAGUAUUUCCAAAAUUCACAUUAACUCUAAUCUUUGCCUCUAUUGCAAAGAGACAAUAAAUGGGUGCUUUUGUUAAGCUAUUAGACUUACUUCUUUUCAUCUAUUUCUUUUUCAUUGCCAUUGUUGCACCACUCUUUGAUGGCCAAACUGCUCUUCCUAGUCACAUGUUUCCUCCUGUUUUGGUUGACUUAAAGGACUGGUACACUCAAGAAUAUGGUGACUAUUUAGUUUCUGAGAAACCCCAUUUCUUUGUUGGGUUAGUAUGGUUGGAGCUUCUCUUUGCAUGGCCACUCUCUGUCCUUAGUCUUUAUGCUAUUGCAGCUGGAAAAUCUUGGAUUAAUACUACCUGCUUGCUUUAUGGUGUUUCCACUCUCACUUCUAUGGUGGCGAUACUAAGUGAAAUGCAGGGUUCCGAGAGAGCAUCAGACAAGUUGCUGAUGUUGUACUAUCCGUUUCUAGGAUUUGCUGUUUUAUCAAUUUUACGUGGUCUACUGCCUCAUUCUGGCAAGACAAUUAGCAUUGGAAAACGAUCCGCUAUAGGAAGGAAGAAGAGGGCUUAAUCAUUCAACUCACAAAAGCUAGAAUUGAAGAGUUUGUAUUUCUUUUGGGCAGUGAUACCUAGAAACCAUAUCAAUUUUGUUCUUGGUUUGUUUUUGUUUGCCCUGCUGACAUUAUUUCUCGAUGGCUUGUGCAUGAGUUUUCACGUAAACGAUUACAAUGAAUUGUAGUUUCACAA